AAGCCCAGCGGGAGAUAACAGCAGAGCACCCGGGGCACCCACCCAGUCCUCUACCCUUGGCCCCAGAGGGGAAGAUGCCUGCAUGACUGAGAGAUCCGAGGGGACCCAGAGCAGAUGCCCAACGCACCUGGAGAACCUCAGUGGGACCAGGAGGACCCAGGAACAUGGGCUGGGGUCUGUCCCCUCUCUGUGAUUCCCCCUCUCACGAACCGGCAGCUGGUGAUUCCUACCCUGAUCAUCGUGGCCAUCAAACUGCUCCUGAUGACCCUGGUCCUCCUCUACCGUGUUCCCUGGUGCCAGUCGGGCUGGGACCAGGACCAAGGGAGGUGCUACCUUCUCUCCCAGGCUAACCAGACCUGGGAGGCAGCGAGAAACUCCUGCUUAGCCCAGAAUGCUGAUCUGGUGGUGAUCAACGACCAAAGGGAGCAGCUGUAAAAGUUUGUGAGUGUUCCUGAGAUGGUACAAUGACCGAGAGUAACCAGGGUUGAUGGGAAAAGGUCCCAAACGAGAGACAGAUGGAGUUAGUCCAAACGAA